UCCCAGGUUGCAGUGCACUUCCUAGUUUAAAGGUCGAAGACGUUUAACGCAUGCUGCCUGGAACGGGAACAACAACAAACCGCUGAAUUAGCCAAACGUUAACAUCGCGUUUACAUUUCUUAUUUUUCUGUGUUGGUACCGUUGCUCAUUAUUGACAGAAAUGUCCGGAAAGGCCAAGGAUAUCCUACAGAUGGACCUGUAUGGUUUACUUGGUAUUGAAAGCACUGCUACAACAAAAGAGAUCAAGAAAGCUUAUCGACAGAAAGCCUUGACAUGCCAUCCAGACAAGAACCCAGACAACCCAAAAGCAGUGGAGCUCUUCCACCAGUUGUCCCAGGCUCUCGAGGUGCUAACUGAUGCUGCUGCCAAGGCUGCCUAUGACAAGAUUUGCACUGCUAAGAAACGGGCAGAAGAAAGAACCAGGAAGCUAGAUGAUAAGAGAAAAAAAAUUAAGCUUGACUUGGAGGCCAGAGAGCAACAAGCAGAAGCUCAGAGUCAGGAAGAGGUGCAAAACACUAGAACACUUGAAGAAGAGAUAGCCCGUUUGAGAGAGGAGGGAUCCAGGCAGCUUGAGGAGGAACAGAGGCUCAUCAGAGAGCAGAUCCAGAGAGAAAGAGAAGAACAGCAGCUGCAAACAGGAGUCUACAACUCAGGAGUGGAGAGAUGUUCCAAGAGCAAUGUGACCCCCAAAUUGAAGUUAAAGUGGAAGUGUAAAAAAGAUGACGAGACGAAUGGAGGCUACUCUCAAGACAUUCUUUUCAGACUUCUACAAAAGUAUGGGGAUGUUUCAAAUGUGAUUGUAUCGAGAAAGAAGAGAGGAAGCGCUGUGGUUGAAUUUGCAACAGUGAGAGCAGCUGAGCUGGCAACUAAGAAUGAAAGUGGCCUGAGUGAAAAUCCUUUGAAGAUUUCAUGGCUCGAAGGACAGCCCGAGGUUAUUGCUCCAGCAUCUCAACCUGGCCAGUUCAUGUCUUUACAGGGUGCCCUGUCAAAUGAGCGUGACUAUGAGAGCGUGGUGAUGAUGAGGAUGAGGCAGGCUGCUGAGCGGCAGAAGCUCAUAGAACAACUGCAGAGAGAAGAUGACGAGGAUGCUGCGGGGUCAUAGCACAGCAGGACCCAGCUCGGUACCAUCCUGCAACUAUUAAAUGAAUACCUGUUUCAGGCUUUAGUUUCAUAAAGCCUCUUAUGUGGUUUGUUAAAAUUUUGUAUGCAAUACCUUGUGUGGCAAAAUAAGUCGUUUUAGUAAUUAAAAAGAAACUUUUUUUUUUU